UGCGCGAAAUUAUUGCUAACAAAUCAUGGCAUCGGUACGAAAUUUCUACAAAAACUCAACCAUCCUUAUUUCCGGUGGGACCGGAUUCCUUGGUCAAAUUUUGUUGGAAAAAUCCUUACGAUUGCUACAACCAAGCAAGGUAUACCUUCUGAUUCGGAAGAAAAAAGGACUCCAUGCCGAGCAACGCUUGCAUAAGAUGAUGGAAGGUGUAGUAUUCGAUAGGGUCCGCUCGUUGUCUACCUUACCCAAGGUAGAAGCAAUCGAAGUGGACAUGACGCGCCCAGAUAUGGCUCUGGAUGCGGAAACUCGUCGGCAGCUCGAGCAAGAAGUCGACGCUGUGUUCCAGCUUGCAGCCUCCGUUAGUUUUAACGAACCACUCGAAAUUUCCUUGAGAGAAAACGUUCAAAACAAUCUCAACUUGUAUAACUUGGUGAAGGACAUGAAGAAUCUUCGUGUGGCAAUGCAAGUAUCCACGAUGUAUUCCAACUGUAAUCGAGAAGCCAUUGCGGAAAAGGUGUAUAACGAUGUGGGAUUCGGAGGAUACGAGUCUAUUGUGAAUAUGCUGAGUGAGUUGAACGAUAAGGAGAAGGAAGCACUGACCCCAUUCAUUUUGAAGGGUCUACCCAAUACGUACACGUUUGCGAAGAAAUGCGUUGAAAUAAAACUUCAGCAGGAAUUUUCCCAUCUGCCUGUUGGAAUAUUUAGACCUCCAGCAAUCACCUCUACGUAUAAAGAACCCCUGGUUGCAUGGAUAAACAACAUGUACGGAGCAGGUGGAUACGUUCUUCCUAUGAUUUUCGGAUUAUACUCUGCGUACUUCGUGGACAAUGCCACCGUUCCGAUGUUUGCACCCGUGGAUUAUUGUGCCAAUGCCCUGCUUUUGAGUGCUUUCGAUGUGGCCAACAGCUUCCACACUGGUCGAAGUGUGAUUCCCGUCUACAACUAUGCCGAUAAAAGUUGUCCAAACUUUCAAGAUUGUUACAACUAUUUCAUUGAAGGUCUUCCGUGGAUUCAAAAAUCUGUCUAUCGCCACUUCAUGAACACUCGCACAACGAACGAGUCUCGGUACCGGUUUGCAGUAUCACUGAUGCUGGCUCACGCAUCGGCUAUGGAUCGGUUAAGAAGCAUGACAGGUCAGAAGCCGGGUAUACGGAGAGCGAUCGAGCGUGCACUUCAAAUGAUGGACAAAUCAAGACUACUAAUGGUAACGAACUGGGAAGUGGAAAAUGCGAACAUCAAGCGAAUCCAGCAGAGUUUGGAUCCAGAUGAGCGAAUACUGUUUGAGUGUGAUCUCGGGACAGUGAACUGGCGGCAGCACUUUGCGGAUUUUAUUCCUGGACUUAAAAAGCAUCUGCUAAAAAUGGCGUAAAAAUAGUAUGGGACAAAAAAAAUCCUUCAAUUUUGUUUUUUUUUAAUUGUCAAUUUUAUUCUCUUUAUUCUAAUGCUUAAAAUUAUUUCGUCAUUUUUCUGAUGUUUUCUUUUUUUUUUAUUUUUUUUUAAUCAAAAUAAAGUACAAAUUAUUAUGUACCAUUAGAGUA